GCUGAGGAGGUGAUUUUGCCAGGAUGAGGUGAUCGAUGGAUUGGGCUGAGAGGAAAGGAUGUGUCAUCAGUGACACCCAGGUCUCCAGCUCUAAGCACUGGGUAGGUGGACGUGCUGUUCCCUAGAGCAGGGAGGCCACUGGAGGGGAACCAGGUUCGGGGGAAGAUUGAGGUUCCGUUUUGGACAAAUGGAAUUCAGGUCCAGGUGGGCAGUUGAGACGCAUGUCAGUUUUCCAGAAACAGGAACUGGUCCAUGCGGCCAGCUGCAGAAGAGCCCUCGUGGAUGAGGAGGAAGGGUCCUUUGGGAGGAGUGGCCAGGAGGAUGCUGGUCUUGGCUGGAACAGCCUUGGUCUAUGUCAGGUGGUAAAUGGAGAUGAGGAGGCGAUACAGGGAGCAAAGCACAAGACCCGCCCCCAGGAGGUUUGGAGGGAGACAGGUAUGGCAGCAGCUGGGGGCCGGCAGGCAGCUUGGCGUUUUUGUAUUUUAGGUUGGAGGAGAUUCCAGUCCUUUGAAACGUCAAAGGAAGGAUCCGGAAGAGAGGGCGGUUGGCGAUCCAGGAAGGACAAGGAGAUGGCAUUUGGAGCCCGGGAGAGGUUCCAUCGUGAGGAAGGAGUGCGAGUGCCUCUCCCACUGUACCUUACGGGCUGGAGCAGUGCCGGUGCCGGCGACAGAGGCGAAGAUGAUGACGCACGGGGGACGCCAGGCUCGGACCGCAGUGGAAUGGCGCGCCCAGGUCAGGGGGACCCCACUCCUUGUUCCCCAAGCUGGUCGGUCUCACUCUCAGGCCCACGCCGUCCAGUCCGGAGGGGGCUGCUCCCGGGUCGCGUCUGGGGCGGGUCGCCGGGUCCUGGCCCUGCGGUGCCCCUGGCCGAGGAGAAGACACUUGAGAACUCUCGUCCGCCGCCGCCGCCCGCCGUGGUCCUUGCCAUCCUGGCCCGCAAUGCCGAGCACUCGCUGCCCCACUACCUGGGCGCACUGGAGCGGCUGGACUACCCCCGGGCCCGACUGGCCCUCUGGUGA